AAGUAUCAAAACGAAAGGCCAAAGCCCCACCAGCAGCCAACCAGCAGUUUCUCCCUCACCUCUAUUCAAGCAGUAGCAGUACAGCGCUUCUCCUCUCGCCCUUCGACAGCGCAGCACACUUCAACUGUUCAAGCCACGCGCGCACGGCAGAGAUGAGGCGUUGCAGCGGUCUCUCUUCGCCCGUAGCCGCUGUUGCCCUGCUCCUCCUCCUCAUCUGCUUCUUCCACCGCGCGGCGGCGGCUCGCCCCCUGCCGGCUGCUGCUGUUCCUCUUCAGCUAGUUCGCCAAGAGGAUGAGGCCAAGGUGGCUGCAGCUGAUGAGCCGGUGCUUCAGAAAGGCGCCGCCGGUAGUGGCGAUGAGCUCUCGGUCUCGGCCGCUGAGGUGAUGGAAGCAGCGGAGGAGCCGGCGUGUGAGGAGGGGAACGACGACUGCAUGCAGCGGCGGCUGCUCCGCGACGCGCACCUCGACUACAUCUACACCCAGCACAAGGGCAAGCCAUGAGCGAGGACGAUCCUCAUCUUCUGGGGUUGGGUUAGGAGUGUGUGGGGGGGCAAAGUCGUACAUGCUGCAAAGUUGACACUGGGAAUCUCAUCAUCUAGUAUAUCUACCAUCUGCUACCUACUUACAAUUUCUGCCACUGAUCGAUUAGUAUCCGGGAUCCAUGUAGGAUUAAUCAUUAAUAUAUGUGUGUGACUGUCAUCGAUCACCUCGUUUGUACAUCGUCUCGUCUCUCUUGGUCAUGUCUAAUACAUGCAUGGUCGUUACCACCAUUUUCUUCCA